GUUUUUAAAUACCACCUCUACUGAACUAACGAAGAACAAAUGCAAACGUUGGCAACGUGGCCGACCACAACUUUAACUAGCAAACUAAUUAAGCACCUCGAAAGAAAACUCGGACCAAACAACAACACAUCGCUUUGGUUUCUCAAUGGCGAAUCCCAAACCUCACCUCUUAUGUCUCUCCUUCUUCUCAUUUCUUCUUCUUCUUCACUUCCCCACCGUUUCCUUAGCACAAACGUUCUUUGUCUUCGGCGAUGGUCUUUACGACGCCGGCAACAAACAGUUUAUCUCUUCGAAUCGUGUUGACGCUAGCUUUCCUCCGUAUGGAGUUACUGUAGGAGAGGCUACGGGACGGUGGUCCGAUGGUCGUAUUGUUCCCGACUAUCUCGCUAGUUUCAUGGGUAUUCCUCAAAUCCCUCCGAUUCUCGGUGGCACGGCGGAUUUCUCUCAUGGAGCUAACUUUGCCAUCGCCGACGCCACCGUUCUUGGCUCCCCACCGGAAACAUUGACUCUGUCACAACAAGUGAUAAAGUUCUCUGAAAACAAGAACAAGUGGACAACUCAAGCACGUUCGGAAGCUAUAUACUUGUUCUACAUUGGCUCUGAUGAUUACUUAAACUAUGCCAAGAACAAUCCGAAUCCAUCUGAUGAUCAGAAAGAAGCUUUUGUGGAUCGAGUCAUCACUUCGAUAGAAGCAGAACUAAAGGUGAUUUACGGGUCUGGAGGUAGAAAAUUCGCGUUCCAGAACUUGGCACCGUUAGGUUGCUUACCGUCCGUGAAACAAGCAAACGGAAAUGUUCAGGAAUGCGUGAGAUUGCCUUCAGAAAUGGCGGCUUUGCAUAACAAGAAGCUGUUGCAUCUCUUGGUUGAACUUUCACGACAACUAAAUGGUUUCCAGUACUCGUUCUACGACUUCUUCAGCUCCAUCCAGAACAGAGUUAUCAAGUCCAAGACUUACACAUUUGAGACGGGAAUAGCUGCUUGUUGUGGAACUGGCUCUGUCAAUGGAAGCAGUUGCUCGACUAACAAUGUAUGCGCUAACCCUGAAGAUUAUCUUUUCUUCGAUGGUAAGCAUUUGACGCAAGAAGGGAACCUACAGGCUGCACAUUUGAUAUGGGGAUCAGAUCCUGAAGUGAUUGGGCCUAACAAUCUCAGGGAGCUUCUUUUCCUUCCUCUUGACACUCCAUUCAUCUUAGCUGAUAUACAGGAGGCUAUGGCUGCCACGAGGCCGAGGCAGAUCAAGAUUGAGAGUCUUUACGAUAUCAAGAAGAUGGAAUCAGAGAUGGAUAAACAAUGGCUCUAUCAAGUUGGUAAGGCUAGCUCAUUUCUGAUCUAAGAUUGUAUUGUAAUAUGUGGUCAAAGCCAGAGACAGUUAAUAAAGUUACUGUUAUAAUGAAUAAGCAAGAAAAAUAAGAUGUUUUUAUUGUUGGUUUUGUAAUAAAUUAGCCGGCCUGUGGUCUGGAUAUCCCAAUGUUGUAUCCAUCUAGAUCUCCUCUUCAAGCAGUAAUAAAUUACAACUCUC